AUGAUAAUUUAUACGACAGAAGUAGAAGAUAUCAAUUCCUUUUACACAUUGGAAUCUUUAAAAGAGGUCUAUGGGAUCAUAUGGAUGUUGGUCCCUAUUUUGACUCUUGUUUUGGGAAUCACAAUAGGUGUACUAGUAAUUGUAUGGUUAGAAAGAGAAAUAUCUGCAGCAAUACAACAACGUAUUGGGCCUGAAUACGCCAGUCCUUUGGGCAUUCUUCAAGCGCUAGCAGAUGGAACAAAACUGCUUUUCAAAGAAAAUAUUCUUCCAUCUAGAGGCAAUACUCGUUUAUUUAGUAUUGGACCAGCUAUAGCAGUCAUAUCAAUUUUACUAAGUUUUUCAGUAAUUCCUUUUAGCUCUCGCCUUAUUUUAGCCGAUCUCAAUAUCGGUAUUUUUUUAUGGAUUGCCAUUUCAAGUAUUGCUCCCGUUGGACUUCUUAUGUCAGGAUACGGAUCAAAUAAUAAAUAUUCCUUUUUAGGUGGUCUGCGAGCUGCUGCUCAAUCGAUUAGUUAUGAAAUACCAUUAACUCUAUGUGUUUUAUCAAUAUCUCUACGUGCGAUUCGUUGAAAUAGAAACUUUUAUUUUACCUAUUCCUUUCGUUCUAGAAAAUAAGUUGAGUUGAUAAACUAAAUUAGAUAGUUAUAUAUGAGUGAAAGAAAGCAGCUUAUAAAUUCGCAGUAAAUUAAACAAAAAAAUGGAAUCUCAUUUCCUAUGUACAA